AUGUCUUCUACUUUAGAUUCACGAUGGGCCACAGACACAGAUCGCAGAAGGGCUGAUGAAGGCCAAAAUGUGUCUCGAUAUACUGCUGCUCUACAAGCAUCUCGGGAUCUUCAUCCGGCGUCCGACAAUCAGCAACCACAACACAAUGACAACAAUAGGUGGACUAGCUCACCGACGUAUAACUCCACUGGAUGGAAGAGAAGCAACUACCGAUCUGACAAACGCAACGUUGCAAGCUCGCCGUUAAUAUCUCGGCCUUGGAAUGCUAUUGCUCUCAAGAGCAAGAAGCCGACUGAACAAAAGAGCUCGUCGCCACCACCACCACCACCGCCACCACGACAACAUGAAAGUGAGAGUUCGUCUCCAACUAGUACCCAAGCAAUGCAAUCGGCACCGCCUAUUACAUCAAGCCCACAAAAUACAUCAUCCAACUCAACAUGUGAGCAGCAGCAGCAGCAGCAGCAGCCCCCUAGCUCAGGAAAGGCACCACAUGAACAAAUUCCAGUAUCAAAUCAUGAGUAUGAUGAUUACCGAAGCAAUCCACAUGAAACAAGACAAAGUGCAUUGGAUGAACAAAUGCUGAAUCUUCGAAUCGAAAGCGUUGAUGCAAACAACAACGCAGCAGACAUGAGGCAAAAGGCCUUGGAGACUGAGGAAGUAGAAACAAUCAAUAGCCAACCUCAAAGCAACGAGUCAGCGACAGCUGAAGCAUACGAUAUACAGGAAGAAAUUCGGAGGGAACGUGAGGCGAAUGCUGCCCGAAAACUACGAGCAGCACAGGCUCGAGAAUGGGAUUGCGGUAAAAGCAUGGAAGGAUGGACAUAA